GGGUAGCGCUAGUAAACAAGACGUCUACUGCAGAGAUCACCAUCACUGAGAAUAAUGGCGAGUAUAUGUGUUGCAUCCAACCGGGAAGGCAUUAAGAAAAUGAUUGUCAAGGCAAAAGGAGACAUACAGUAUAAAAAAAGUUCUAUCAACAACACAGUCGUGUAUACCAACGAGACAGUAACAUGUGAAGCCGAUGGCUCACCUACUCCAUACGUGGCCUGGGUACGUCUAGGGGUAGUGCUAGUAAACAAGAAGUCUACUGCAGAGAUCACCAUCACUGAGAAUAAUGGAGAGUACGUGUGUGUUGCAUCAGACCGAGAAGGCAUUAAGAAAUUGAUUGUCAAAGCAAAAGCUCCUCUUCAACUUUGCCAUGACCACCUUAUCAUCACUGAUGUGUCCAGGGCCGUCAAUCACAUUUUCCAGUCCUCUCAAGUCAAGAGCGAUGUCUCAGACAUUGACCUUAGCAAGUGGUAUCGAAUACAGAGCCCAGCUGGUAAUCAGUUACCAACCACGUGUGUCCCACAGAACAGAUGUGGUACCCAGGCCCCUGGAUGGUUGAAUGGAACACUUCCAAGCGUCCAAGAUGGAAUCGUCAAGAAAACUGUCUGUUUUCACUUCAAUGGUGACUGCUGUUAUCAGAACGCCACGGUGCACAUCAGAAAGUGUUUUGGAUUUUACGUGUAUAAGUUCAGCGCUGUACCUAAACAGUUGCCUGCACCACGACACUGCAUUCAAAACGAACACAUCGAUACAAGAGAUUGCCCCUAUUUCACUUUCGCUACGAGUGAAAACAGUCGCGAGGGUUUGGUUGGUCACGUGAUGUACUCGGAAGCGGAAGUGCAGAAAGAUCUAAUUUGUUUGAAUUAUUGCAUCAUCUUAAAUGAUUGCAAGUCAUUCAACUACAGCAAGGAGAAAAAGAUUUGUGAGAUUAACAACGCCACUCGACAAGAAUACCCAGAAGCAUUCGUCAAGAAUGACGCAUUUGCUUACUACGAGAAAAUGUUUACUUCUUUUAACUAA